AUGCUGCCUACCCUCCACAGUUUCGGGGUGGGUAUGGUCUUAUUGUCCUUGGCUCCGUCCACCCUGUCGUUCUCCCGUGGUGCCAGUCACGCCUCCUGUCAAGAAAUGAUUCCCGGCCACAUCCGCGCUCAACCCCUGGACCCGCGGCACAGCCACGUCACCCUGCGCACAUCCAGCUCCACCUACCUGCCUGGCCAGUUAGUCACAGUAACGGUCCGAAGCUCUCGAGACUUCAUGGGUUUUCUGCUCCAGGCUCGCACUGUGGAGGGUGCUAGGGGCGGGGCGGGAGUCGGGGUCAAGGCCAGGACUGGACCCGGAGCUGGAGUCAGGCCUACAAGACUGGGCCCGGUGCUGGUGGGUGGCUCCUGGACCCUCGCGCCCCCUGGCACACACACCCUGCGCUGCCUCUCAGAAGGCGACACCCUCACACACUCUGACAAACAGCUGAAGAGAAACCUCUCGUUUGUGUGGAGGGCUCCUGAUGCCCCCAUGGGAGACAUCAGGUUCUACAUCACAGUGGUGCAGUCUUACUUUGUAUACUGGGCAGGUAUUGAGUCUCCAGUGGUGUGUGAUGGGAGUCGUACUCCUUGGAAUGGGAGCAACAUUACAGGAGUGGAUGGAGGGAAUUCAACUUUUGCACCGCAGGAAGAUGAAGUUCCUGCUCCGCCAGCCCUCUCCUCCUCCUCUACUGCCUCAUCAGCUUCUUCCAUUUCUUCUGCUUCGUCCCCCCCUUCACCUCCUCCUUCUUCCUCAUCUAGCUCUACUCCCACCUCAACAUUUCCUUCAUUCUCAAUGGGUUCUUCAUCUUCCUCCAACGUGUCUUCCACUUCUUUGGUGUCCUCCCAGUCUACCACACCUCAUCCAGAACCCUCUCCUGCUCCGCGUCGCUCUCUCUAUCACCGCCUCAUGUCCACCUCUUCUCCUGUACCUUCUCAACAACUCACCCUAGCUCAGAGGUUGCUAAUCCAGAAUCACAUUGCAUCAUCUGAACCUGAGCCCAACCUCAACCUACCAACACCCAGAACAGUGGUUCACCCAAACCCUGAAGCCCACCCAAACUUUGACCCAAGCUUAAAACCAAAUUUUGGCCACGAGUUAAAACCAAACCUUCCCAACACUGAUACUAAACCCAAACGUCCCUCCAAUCCCUCUGGAACUCCAGACAAGGGAGGGAAGUAUCCAGACAUUAUCCCCAGACACAGUGCCUGGGAGCUGGGCAUGCUUCUGGGCUGCUCAGCUGGCUUGGGCAUGGUACUGGUGGUCGGGGUAAGGUACAUGUACCGUCAAGCCUGUGGUAAGCAGACGGAGGUGACGCUGAACGACAGGGAGAGAGAGUAUGAGAGAGGAGAGAGAGGGCUGAUCCAUGUCCAGGAGUGUGGAGACCUGGUCAGAGUCCGGAGAAUCAGAGAGAACAGUUUCGUCCUCCUGGCGGAGUAUGAUUGGGUCAGUCCGUCUGUUGUUGUGGUCCAAAGCUAG